AUGACUGAGGCAAUUCACCUAGUUCGGAGGCUGGUAAAACAGUAUAGAGAGAGGAAGAGGGAUCUACACAUAGUGUUUAUUGACUUAAAAAAGGCAUAUGACAAGGUCUCAGGGGAGGUUCUUUGGAGAUGCUUGAAGGCGAUAGGGGUCCCAGUGGUUUACAUUUAUUUGAUUAAGGACAUAUAUGAGGGGGCAAAGACUCAGAUACGGAUAGUGGAAGGGGAUUCCAGGCAUUUCUCGAUCUUGACAGGUGUGGCCCUUUUGAAUUUCUUGUCUUCUAAGGAAGUUUCGGUAGAGAUCUUGGAUCAGCAAGUCCAUCAAUUGCGAACGAAGGACGUGGCUUAG